AAACAAAACCCGGAAGGUAACGUAACAGCUGAUUUGGCGAUUGACAUGUGAAACCACAUUAUUGGCACUUACCGGUACUACUAUAUUUUUAUCGACAUUAUUUCGGGGGUUGAACAUGUAUUUCAUCGCAAGAAAUUUUCAUAGAAAACAACGAAGGUUUACCUAGUCCUACCUAGUCUGCUAUUAACCAGCAAAGAUGUAUUUAUUUCAACCUCCAUCGAGAACAAUUUUGUCCGCUGUUGUGUGGAUUGUGAUUGAGGCUAGUUGUAUCGUGGCAAACUCACAAGUUUACACGGUUCCUCUAUUGAAAGGUAGUGGCAAAGAAAUCAACCUUGCUGAAACUGUGUUAGGGCAGUCGCCGACGGAUCGUGUAAUUUUAUUAAAUGUGUCAGUGGAUGACCAGAAAAACAACAUUCGAGGAAGACCAGGUUUAGGGUACUACAUCGAAGUAGAUAUAGGGACACCACCUCAAAAAUUAAAUGUACUAAUAGAUACAGGGAGCAGUAACUUCGCUGUAGCAGCAGCUUCCCAUGAUGCAAUAUCAACGUAUUACAAAAGAAAUGAAUCAUCAACUUAUUUAGACCAGGGCACUCACGUGAAAGUGCCCUAUACCCAGGGUGAAUGGAGUGGAGAUCUAGGCAGGGACAUCGUCCGGAUAGCAUCGCUAGCAAACCACAGCUUUCAGGCCAACGUCGCUGGUAUCACAGAAUCGCAACAGUUCUUCCUCAAUGGUUCCAGCUGGCAAGGCAUUCUGGGAUUGGCGUAUGCACGCAUUGCAAGGCCUGACAGUACCGUGGAACCAUUCUUUGAUUCUCUCACCAGUCAGACCUCAAUACAGGACAUCUUUGCUCUGCAGAUGUGUGGAGCCUUAGCCUCGAGAAAUGAUACCAGUCUUGAGAGCUCUCCUCAUCAACCUAUUGAGGAAAUGAGAGGUAGCAUGAACAUAGGUGGAAUAGACUCUUCAUUGUACAACGGCACCAUGCAGUAUAGCCCCCUGAGAGAUGAAUGGUUCUAUGAGGUCAUCAUGACUGAUAUCAAAGUAGGCAACGAUAGUCUGAAUCUAGACUGUAAAGAGUAUAACUUUGAGAAGACUAUCGUGGAUAGUGGAACAACAAAUCUAAGGCUUCCAGAGAGAGUAUUUGAAGCGACAAAGAAUGCGAUUAGAGCCCACACAGCCAAGGAUAUGCCUGAUGUUCCAGCAGAUUUCUGGACAGGACUGGUCCUCAUGUGUCCCACCGACAACACCUUGCCUUACGAGCCUUAUCAUUGGUUCCCUACAUUGACCCUUGACCUCCAGUCAACCAAUCAGGGACAGGCAUUCUCAUUAGUCGUGUCUCCGCAGCAAUAUUUGAGACGGGAUUAUGAUCACGAGGAUAAAAAGAAUUGUUUCAAGUUUUCCAUUUCUCCUUCAUCAAACAAAGCUGGCGCAGUUAUAGGAGCCAUCGUGAUGGAGGGCUUCUACGUAGUCUUUGACAGGGAGAAGAAACGGGUAGGAUUUGCAAGGUCUACAUGUCCUGGUUCUUGUGAAAAGAAGGGAAAGUGCGUUGGAAAUUCGCCCCGUGUUACGCAAUCCUUUGACAUUGAUUUUGAUGCUUCCGACUGCGGCUUUGACCGGUCAAACUCCUAUGACCCCGCCCUGACCAUCACAGCCUACGUCCUGGCAGCCGUCUGCCUCGUGUGCCUCCUACCCGUCAUCGUCUUCGCCGUCUCACACCAGUUCAACAAGCGGUGUAAAGGUCACGGAGGUCGCGGGGUCGUGAACCAUCACCGAUUAAAUCAGGAAAGUCUGGCUGAAAAUGAUCUUGAUACGGAACCUUGAUAGCUUGCCUAAAAACAACCUUUAUUUGAAUAGUAUUCCAUGUGGUACCUUAAAAGAAAGUAUUAUUAAAGCCUUAUGUUAUAGGACCCUGUAAAUUCCUAUAACUUUCAUUUUUACAAUCUGCCUCAUACAUAACUCUGGGGGGGGGGGAGGGGGGGACAGGUGUAUCACAAAGAUUUAAAUGCGAGUAAAGUUGCUGCAAUUCCCACAUUGGUCAAAUCAUUGGUAAGAUCGGCACAAUAUUUCACAUCUUUAGAGGGAAUACUUUUGAUUUGGAUUUUGAAUCAUUUAUCAUGGAAAGAAAUUAAAUUAUCAUCUAUAUAUAUAUAUAGUGUUCUAGCGAUGCAUUAAAAUUGUGUAUUUCAGUCUGCAUCACUUGCCCGGGCAUUAUCAGAGCGUGUCCAUUGAAUGACCGAAAUCCGAAGAAUAUCCCAUAUGCUCCUGUACAAAGUUUGCCAUUGAAUAUGAGAGCAUAUUCAACGACCAAAUUUGAUCUUAUGAAGUGAUGAUGCCAUUAUGUGAUAAGUGAUAUGACUUGUUCAAUCAAAGUUCUCCCUCUUGAUUGGUAGGGGUGGGAUAGAUGAUGAUAAUUAUAUUGAAUUGCUUCAUUUCAUGGAAUACCAAAGAUAUUCCACUUGUUAUGGCCAAUAUCCCACUCAUCUGCAAUUCAUGGAAUAUUUGCCCAAACUCUCUGGUAUUCCAUUGUGAGCCAUCCAAUAUAAUAAUUAUUGAUGAACUGCUUUAUAAAGGGAAGUAGACACAUAUUUUGAAGGAAAUCCAAAUAUAAAAAUCAAUAAAGAAAAAAGAUAGAUUUCAUGGCUUUUCGUCAAAAAUCAAAAUGCAAAAUGUUAAAUAUCAUUUUGUGUCAUAAAUGAAUUGUGAAUAAAACAGGAGUGAGUUGUAACCCACAUCUGUAUACAUGUUCUGUGUAAUGUUUGGGUGAUGCCAUAUUAUUUUCUUCAAACUCUACAUGUAAAGUGCAAUAUUAUUAUAUCCUAAGAUAAAUGUUUUUUUUUCAGAUGUUCCUGUGAAUCAUAUUUGUGGUACAGAGGUAUGGGCGAAAAAGCAUGAACAUCUUUUUUUUGGCAUCUUUCUAAAGGACGAAUGAAGAUAUCAUUUUCUUGUGAUCCAAGAAAUUAGUCAUCUCUACACUUGAUUCAUUGUACAAAUGCAUACAUUUUCUCCCCCUACUGAAAAUGUACCCGAUCUAGCUGCAUAUCAGAAACAGCAGAGCAAAACAUGCUAAUUAAAAGAAGUAUAUAGCGGCAGCGAUUGCAUGAAUGGCCUGCACGUCUAUAGCCUCUUUGAGGCGUUCAAGUGCAGUAUUUACAAGACAAGAUGAUUUUAAUAGGAAAUAUGAAAGAAUAUGACAAAUUUAGAUGUAGAUUUGCAGAUCUGAUAGAGUCAUAAAUCUUUCUUUUUUUCACACUUGGUGUUACCCCUUGCCACAUUUUUUAGUCUAGACAAUCGUAUGUUUAUUUUUUAAAUAUAUUUAUAAAUUUUCUUUUUUGAAUGUGAUGAAAUGAAAUAUACAAUAAUUGAGAGGCUGAACAAUUGAACUGGCUUGCCAAAUAGUUCAUAAAUUUUUUUUACACAGAUUUUAAUCAAAAUUAUGUAUUGUGCAUAUUCCUCUAUGGUAAAUUGCCAAUUCAUCUACUGCCAACUUUUCCACUCACCACAUCGGCCGAGCUUUGACCACUGCAAUAAAUAAUUACUUUGAGUUUGCGUUUGACUAAUUCUAGUCGAGACAAGCACAUGCCCAUAAUAGAAUACAUCGUGUAUCAUUAAAGCCUAAACGUUGACUCUAAUAAAAAUAAUAAUGGGCAUUUAUAUUGCGCCAUAUCAAGUAAUCUGUUCAAAGGCCCAUUGUUAUUUUAAUUAACCCAGCUUUAGCUAGAGCUGCCUUGCAGCGCUCAGUGCAUUUCAAGCAAUUAAUCCUGCUGGGUACCCAUUCACCUCACCUGGGUCAAGUGCAGCACAACGUGGGUAAAUUUCUUGCUGAAGGAAAACAUGCCAUGGUUGUGAUUCGAACCCACGUCCCUCAGAUUGAAAGACGAGAGUCAUAACCACCAGACCACGACGCCCAGACUCUAAAACACUUUGGCAGGUAUUUUUAUAGAGUCCCUGUUGAAAUUCCCCAGAGUGAAACUACAUGUAGUUCAUAGAAAUGCCAGAUUUUGUUUUCUAGAUAAUGCACAUUUUUUUCUUCAUUUCGACACGCCUUCGUUUGAAUUCAAAUUUUGAAGUGUUCCAUUUAUCGAUAUCUAGUUGGAGUUCAUCCAGAUAUUUAAAGAAAAGUUUAGUAAAAAUAUUGUCAUUGUUAUUUUUUUGUAGUUAUUUAUAGGAUUGCUAUAUGUAUAUUUGGAACAAUGGUGAUUGUACUGUUAAUAUUUCCGGGUCAGAAAAAUGAUUAUGUUCAAGAAUGUACUUUACUUGAAUAAAUUUUGUAGAGUA